AGAACUCGCAUCUAGGCCAUACGUUAAAAAAGUCAUUGUGUCACAAUACUCACAAUCAAAAGCUCUAUUUUCAUUUUAGGAAAAUAGAAAAUAAUAAUGGAAUUACUAUUAAAAUUGGCUUUAAUAUUGUUUGCCGUGAUUCCCUAUGGCAUAUCCGAGAGCGUACCAGGUUCAAUAGAGCAGUAUAAUCCUUUGGGACCUCUCGUCAAGUGCAGUUUUCUGCCAAUGGAAUUCUUGGAGUGCAAUGAGCUUGUAGACCAUAAAGGGAACCAAUCAGCUAAGGAGGCUAUGGGCCAUGGCUGCUUGAAGUUUGGAGGCGUUAAAUACGAAGAUGUAGAGAAGGCCAAAGCGCAAUGUAAGCCAUUGGAAGGCAUUGAAUGUUACGGCCAAAGGAAUUUUCUCCGCGAGGGUUUUCCUUGCGUGCGAUAUUCAGGGCAUUACUUCACUACGACGCUGAUCUACAGUAUAUUGUUAGGAUUUUUGGGUAUGGACAGGUUUUGUCUAGGGCAGACUGGUACAGCAGUAGGAAAGCUAUUGACACUGGGUGGGCUGGGUAUCUGGUGGAUUGUAGAUGUUGUGCUAUUAAUUACAAACAGUUUACAUCCUGAGGAUGGAAGUAAUUGGAAUCCUUAUGUUUAAAUUUACUUUUAAGCAAAUGUUUACUGAACUGUGUGUAAUGGGAGUAUACAAAAGCUGGUGACAUCUCAAAAGUAUAGUGGAACUCUCAUCAUAAACUAAUUAAUCUACUAGAUUAAUUAGUCCAUGCUCUUGUAAAAAGAUGUGUUUUGCGAAAGUUAUCAAGUAAAUGUAUAGCAAGCUACAAAAGUGCAUACCCACUUUAACACAUUCGCUGCCUGGAACCCACCUGGUGGGCGCUCGUGAACUUUGUUCUGAUGCUGGGCAGGUUGUUUUGUAUGCCACUAUAGACCACCGGUUUCUGGGGUAGUGUGCCGUUUUUUCUGGCAGUAAAUGUAUUAAUAAAUAGAUUCCAUUUAUAAAAUGGGCAUGUACUUUUGCACAUUGUGUAUAUAUUUUCACACUGAACUUAAACUUAAGGCUGAUGUGAUAUAGUUUAUAAAUGGUAGAACUUGUUUGAAGUUAUGUUCUCAUAAUUAUAUGUUUAGUGUGAUGUUAUUCUUUAAGAAAAUGAUUUAAUAGCAACAAGGUUACACUUUUUGCAACUUCAAGAAAGUUUAUUGUUAAUAAAAACUACAUUUUAUAAGACA